GUCCGGGAAUACGGUGUAUUGGACGCUUUAACGCGAAAUGGAAAAAUAUACACAAAUAUUGGUAACGAACAAAUAAAUAACGAAGAUGACGGUGAAGGCUGAAGAGGAUGUGGAUGAACCUUUGAGAACAUUAAAACAAAAAUGUGUGAAUUGCCUGAAAGGACCGAAUUUAAUAAAAACAAUUAUCAUUUUGACUUGCACGGUAGUCGUUAUGCGACAGAUUGCAGUGUGCGUGUUAAAAUUGACAAACAUGCCUAUAACAACAUACACCCAUUUCGACUUCAACAAGACUAUCAUGUACCCAAGCGUUACUUUCUGCAAGGAACCAGCUUACAAGUAUGAUAAAUUGAUAGAUUACGGCCUCUACGGUCAUCCUCGUUACACAUUAGCAUGGGAAACUUUCAACUUCUCCGCCGUAGACCUUGUGGAGAUGUGGAACGACAUCACUCACGAGGCUGAUGAUCUUUUAGUCACAUAUGCCUUGGAUUCUAAGGAGGAUAACAUAGAAAUUAGUUCUACAAUAGGCUUCUACCAUGGGCGAUGUCAUACACUCGUCCCGAAAGCACCCAGCGUACGUGCGUCACAUAAAUCCGGAUAUUCAAUAACCCUGAAGCAUACCCAAGACGAAAUCGAUAACAUUAUCAGCGCUCACUUACCUGGGUUCCACGUCUAUAUUCACUACACUAGAGAGCCAUUUACAGAAGUGGAAGUAUACAACGGAGGUCUGGUGGAUUAUUUGUAUAUUAAUACGGGAGAGACGGUGACAGCGAAGUUGACAGUUAACGAGUACGUUAAGACUGGCAAAGAAGACGGCCUUUGCACUGAUGCUGAAGGAUACAGUGCGAAUAUGUGCACCACGCAAUACGUAUGGGACCUUGUUACUAAAGAAGCCGGAUGCUCAGGGCCCUGGAUGGUUAGUGACAAACCUCUAUGUAAUAACUAUGAAGACAUGAGAACUCUGAUCAACCUUUACAUGAAGAACCACGAGGACCACGAUUUAGUCCCGGACUGUCUAACAUUCUGCCGAGCGUUAUUGUACAACACGUACGUCACAGACAGACAGAAAUACUAUUUUUGGGAUUCUUUACAUUCUCAAUGGUCGUACAGAACGCAUGACGCCAAAUUACAAUCGCAGCUCUUCAUCCAUUUUAAUUCCAAGAUGGUGUCUGUUUAUAACGAGCGCUAUACUUACGACUGGAAUAUAUUCAUUUCUGAUCUUGGAGGGAGUGUUGGUUUCCUUCUCGGCCUCUCCGUGAUAAGCAUCUUAGAGAUGGUGAGAAAGAUAUGGUCUUUGAUCAUCAGUCCAUUGAUCAGGAGAUCGAGGUUAAAAGAGGAAAGGGACUGUGUCAGCGUCAGUGGUUCCACAGUCACAGCUCAGUUGGACAUGAAUACGGACACAAAAUUCCUCCAUAAAUGGGAGCAUGAGUAUGAGAAAAGUAUUUUGAAAGAUUAUAUUUAA